GUACAAAGAGGGGAGGGCGGGCUGGACCCGGGGUUGGGGUCUGACCCUGACCACCCGGUGUCCGCCGAACUACCCCGCUCCUUCGCUGGGCGCCGCACAGGAGGAUUCCGGGAAACGUCCGCCUGCCAUGAGCCCGCGGGACUGAGAGCCAGCGACUCGGAGCAGCGCGGACGAGCGGAGCGCAGGGCCGGACCCGGGCUCAAGGAGUGCGGCCAGCGGCCGUGGGAGCUGCAUAUCGGGGAAGAGCUAUGAUCCGGGGCGUGGAAGUGCCGAUGGCGGACAACCCGCCGCAGCCGCCGCCCGUCAUUUUCUGCCAAGACUCCCCGAAGCGGGUGCUGGUGUCGGUGAUCAGAACGACCCCGAUCAAGGCCACGUGCAGCGGCGGAGGGGAGCCGGAGCCGCCCCCGCCGCUCAUCCCCACCAGUCCUGGCUUCAGCGACUUUAUGGUGUACCCGUGGCGCUGGGGCGAGAACGCGCACAAUGUGACGCUCAGCCCGGGGGCCGCGGGGGGUGCCGCCUCGGCCACCUUGCCCGCCGCCACCGCUCAGCACCCGGGGCUUCGGGGCCGAGGCGCGCCCCCUCCCGCCGCCUCUGUGGGUGAGGACGAGGAAGAAGCGAGCAGCCCGGACAGCGGCCACCUCAAGGAUGGAAUCCGACGUGGUAGGCCCAGAGCAGAUACUGUCCGAGAUUUGAUAAAUGAAGGAGAGCAUUCGUCCAGCAGAAUCCGUUGUAACAUCUGUAAUAGGGUAUUUCCACGGGAGAAAUCGCUCCAGGCUCACAAAAGGACUCAUACAGGUGAGAGGCCUUACCUGUGUGACUAUCCAGAGUGUGGAAAAGCCUUUGUUCAAAGUGGACAGCUCAAAACGCAUCAGCGUCUUCACACGGGAGAGAAACCUUUUGUUUGUUCAGAAAAUGGCUGCCUAAGCAGAUUCACCCACGCAAACCGCCACUGUCCCAAGCACCCUUAUGCCAGGCUGAAGCGGGAGGAGCCCACUGACGCUCUCAGUAAGCUCCAGGCUGUGGACAACCAGGCUGCUGCCGAGUGGUUGGCAAAGUAUUGGGAAACAAGAGAGCAGCGUACCCCCACCUUGAAAGGCAAGCUCGCCCAGAAGGCCGAUCAAGAGCAGCAGGACCCUCUGGAGUACCUUCAGUCGGACGAGGAGGACGACGAGAAGAGCGGGGCGCAGAGGCGGCUGCAGGAGCAGCGGGAGCGCCUGCACGGGGCCCUCGCUCUCAUAGAGCUCGCCAACCUGACCGGAGCGCCGCUCCGCCAGUAGCCUGCACACUGACUCCCACUGUACACAGUACUGCCCAGCGUACUUCAAAAGUAGAUCUUGGGCAUAAGCUAAGCACCUUAUUUGCUUACCAUAGGCUGCUAUUCUGUAGAAAUUGAUGAAGAAUGUCAUUGCCCCAGAAU